AUGGCCGAGCAAGAGCAAGCGAUGGAAAGAGUCAAUGAAGAGCUUACAUAUCUACAUGGGAAUAUAGGUCAAAUCAUGGAGAUGUUGCAACCAGCAGUUACUACUCCAGCAACUUGGCCUCCCUUUGGUCUUCCAUAUAGUUUUGCGCCUCCUCGUCAAGGACAGUCCACUCAACACACAGUUCCAUUAACUACUGAAGUUAAUCAAGUGAUUCCUACUUUUGCACCCACUGCCAUGCACACUCGAGUUCAACCGUACUUCGAUGAUCAUCAACAAGUGUAUGAUAUACCUGAUAUGUAUGAAGAAGGUGAUGAAAGACAUGAAAAGCUGAGAGAAAAUGUUGAAACCAUUGAGAAAAGGCUGAGAGCAAUGGAAGGUGAUCAGAUCUUUGGUGCUGCUGCCAGAGAAAUUUGCCUUGUAUCUGGAUUGGUGAUCCCCGCAAAAUUCAAGACACCCAACCUUGAUCAAUAUGAAGGAGCUACUUGUCCCAAAUGUCAUCUCAUCAUGUAUUAUAGAAAGAUGGAAGCUCACGUGGACAAUGACAAACUCAUGAUCCACUAUUUCCAAGACAGUUUGAAAGGUGCCUCUUCCAAAUGGUACUUGACCCUUGAUCAAACUCGCAUCCGUUGUUUCCAAGAUUUGUCUGAUGCUUUCAUCAAACAAUACAAGUACAACAUGGAUCUAGCUCCCGAUAGAAGGCAAUUGUUGAGCAUGUCCCAAAAGGAUUUUGAAUCCUUUAAAGAAUAUGCACAAAGGUGGAGAGAGACUGCAUCCUAA